AUGAGUUUAAAGCAUGAUGAAUCCCAAGAAAUCGAGGAACAGUUUAUAUUGCGUCUGCCUCCGGAACAUGCUUAUGCUGUUAGGAAGAUUAUACAUUCUAGAGGUGUUUCCAUGAAGGAUAAACUAAAAAUUGACUUUUCUUCUGAUGGACAUCAUGCAGUUGUUCAGAUAGAAGAUGUCUCACUGCCUGCUAAACUGGUUAAUUUGCCUUGUGUUAUCGGAAGCCUGAAAACUGUUGAUAGAAAAACAUUUUAUAAAACAGCAGAUAUUUCUCAGAUGCUUGUAUGCAGUGCUGAUGGUGAGUCUCAGUCUUCCCCAGAACAAUCAGCUGCCUCUCCUGAUCCUACUGUAGCUGCAGGUGGUGAAGAGAAGACAGAUAAAAAGAAAUAUAAUUGGAAACAUGGCAUUACUCCACCACUUAAGAAUGUCAGAAAAAAACGAUUCCGGAAAACAACAAAGAAGCUUCCUGAUGUCAAACAAAUGGAUGAAAUCAGCUUCAGUGAGUAUGCUGAAUCUCCAAAUGUGGAAAAAGAAGUGAAGAGACUGCUGUGCUCAGAUGCUGAAGCAAUCAGUGUCCGCUGGGAAGUCAUUGCUGAUGAUGAAACCAAGGAAAUAGAAAGUCAAGGGUUCGUCUCAGGCAUUCCAGGAACCUCACAAAUGAGUAGUCGUAGCUUAUCAGGAUAUGAUAUGCUUCGAGAGAUGUUUGUUGAUUCUGGCAGUAACAGUAAUGAGGUGGAAGAAAAGGAUGAUAAAAUUGAAGAUGAGGAUGAUCAAGAAGCGAGUGAUGAUGAGGAUGAGGAUGAUGAAGAGGAUGAAGAGGAUGAAGAAGAAAAGGAGAUAGACUAUUUUGAAGCUGUCUUAGAAAGGGAGCUGCAAGCCAAAUUUAUUCAACCUGACUUCUAUGAAACACAAAAAGAUUACAGUUCAAUAAUCACAGGAAUUAAGAGAUUGAUUGAUUACAAAGAAAAAAAGCUCCAACAUAUUUAUAAAAAAGCACAACGUCAGAAAGAGCUCCUUAGGAAUGUGGAAAACAUAAAUCUUAAGAGGCAUUUCCAGUAUGUUUUGGGGCAGCUUAACAUAUUGGAAAGACAAAAGUGUGAGGAGAUUUAUCACCUACAGGAACAACUGAAAUGUUUUCUGAAGGAGUAA